AAAACUUUCUCAAGGGUAAGAGAAUAAAACUUUGAACAAUGUAAACACAGUGUGCAAAUCAACAGUCUUGGCCAUGGAAGAAAAACACUGAUGAUGAUGCUGAUAAUGAUAAUGAUGAUGAUGAUGAUGAUGAUGAUGAUAAAAUAUGGAAAAGGUACAGCGAUGACAACAAAAUACAAAGAAAACAAAGAACAAGAAGAAUAAGAACAAGAACAAGAAGAAAAAAAGAAUGAUGGAAACAACAUCCACCACCAACACAUCCACAACACCAACAACAACAACAACAACAACAACAACAACAACAACAACAACAUGAAAGUUAAGUGAAAGAUAACAAGACUGAAUGAAAAGUGAAGAACGAAGAGAGAGAGAGAGAGAGAGAGAGAGAGAGAGAGAGAGAGAGAGAGAGAGAGAGAGAGAGAGAGAGAGAGAGAGAGAGAGAGAGAGAGAGAGAGAGAGAGAGAGAGAGAGAGAGAGAGAGAUUGCUGAAUAAUGUAUGAAAGAACAAGAGAGUAGAUAAAUAAAUAUAUGUGAGAAGAAAGAUAUUAAUAACAGAGAAAUGAAAACAAAAUUAAAUUGGUUAACUUCCCUGCCACCACCACCACCACCACCAUGUCACCGCCACCAGCUUGAACUGCAGUCAAAGGGAGCGCCAUACAUAUGUUUAAUUUUUGGCAGGGCGAAUACUGGUGAUUUUUUUUUUUUUUUUUUUUUUUUUUUUUUUUUUUUUUUACCUCACCAGACUAGAAGAUUCUCGCGGCUUCCUGACAACGAGGUUUUCCCUAUCUGCCAAAAUACUAGUUGAUUAUCGACUUAUAGUUCAUUUGCUGAUAUGAUCCUCACUCUAUAUAACUCUCUGUUUCAUCUCCUUUUGAAAUAUUGCAUUCAAGCAUGGUGAUCAGCUCGAAGCAUGAAAACAAAAUCUGAGCCCACCGCACCGCUGCCCACGCCUGUGUGUACACUGUACUGUACAUGCCGCUCUGUGAUGCACAAGAGAGAGCUGUAUCCUGGAGGGAAGGAGGAGGGAUACCCAAUGGGGGGAACCCAAUCCCUGAUAUGUUCGUGGCAGAAACUGGAGAGGGCAGCACCGUCAACGCACAGCUCGAAGCAUGUACACAAAACCCGAGCCCAUCACAAUGCUGGCCACGCCUGUGUUCGUACAUACAUGCUGCUCUGUGAUGCCUCUCGCCUCUGUUGCUGUGUGGGGCAAGAAAAGCGGUACACUCCCAUGGGCUCAGCUGUAUUGAUUCCUCUGGGAUGCCAGACGGUAGGAUUUUUUUUUUUUUUUUUUUUUUUUUGUGGGGGGGAUAUUUUGGUCAUUAGCAGAAAAUACAAGUGUCUUGAAGCAAGUAAUUACUGAGCUGAUGCUGCCAGCCACUACUAUUGCUUGAUGAAUAAGAUACCGUGGUGUGUGUAAUAUUGCAUAUAACAGGAACGUCUUACAUGGCAAGAUAUCUAGCAUGUUCAAAUAAUUUCAAGUAAAAUGUGGUGUGAAAUACGAGUUAAAAUGUGUUUGCGGCCUUGUGACCUCGUCAUUACAACUAUUACUUGUUCUUGUCAAGAUGCCCAAACGAAAGUGUAAAUUCACUGCAGAGAUGCAGAACAAACUCCCGUGCUUCAAAAAAGGCAGGGAUGAGUGGGAAGCCGAGUGUUUGGUGUGUAAACCAGGAACAUUUGUCUCACUGGCACAUAAAGGCAUUAAUGACUUACAGUCACAUGUGAGCUCUGAGAAACAUAAGAGAGCAGUGCAAGAAGAGGGUUCAUCAAUGAAGAUGACACAUUAUUUUGUUAAACCAGGAAGUGAAGCUGAAGAUGUUAGUGCUGCAGAAGCUGCUUAUGCAUUUCACACUGUCAAACAUCACGGUAGUUUCUUAUCCAUGGAUUGUUCAUCUGUUUUGCUGAAAAAAAAAAAAAAAAAAACUUUUCCUGAUUGAGGUGGCAAGAAAGUUUUCUAGUGCUUGAACAAAGACAGCAGCUAUUAUAAAAGCUGUGCUUGCACCUCAUUCUGUUGAUGUUGCCUUAAAAAGCCUAAAAGAAAAUGAAGUAGUAUACUGUGGAAUUGCUACAGAUGGUAGCAAUCACGAUGCAUUAAAGCUGUUUCCUGUAAUUAUUCAGUACUUUGACUGGAAAAAUGGUGGUUUACAGUCAGAACUGAUUGAGUUUAAGAACACCCCAAAUGAGACUGCAGACACUAUUGCCAAAUAUGUGAAAGAAACCCUAGAUAAACAUGGGCUUACUAAAAAGUGUGUGGCAUUUACAGGUGACAACUGCAAUACAAUGUUUGGAGGAUUCAAACGUAACGAAGAAGGGAAUAAUGUGUUUGCAAAUCUGAAGAUGUUGGAAAAGUCAUUGAUUGGAGUAGGUUGCCCAGCACAUAUUCUGAAUAACUGUGUUCAUCAUGGAGCAGAAAGAAUGGAUAUUGAUAUUGAAAAUAUUAUCAAUAAGAUUUAUCAGCAUUUUCAUAUCUACACAGUUCGCUCUGAAAAACUAAAGGAGUAUUGUGAAUUUGCUGAGGUUGAGUACAGGAAGCUUCUCUCUCAUAGUAAGAGUCGUUGGCUGUCACUAUUUCCUGGCAUCACAAGGCUGAUAGAGAUGUUUCCUGCUCUUAAGUCCUUUCUUUCACAAGAGCAACCACCAACAGUAAUAAAAAAAUUCUUUGAAAAUGAAAUGAGUGAGAUUUACCUCUGGCACAUGCACUCUUUAAUGGCUGUAUUUCACACACACGUUCAAACAAUUGAAAAGGAAAGUAACUCUGUUGUAGAAGUGCUGACAAAUUUGGAGUCUGUGUGUAAAGUACUUGCACAAAGAAAGAACCAGCAUUUCAUGUCUUUAAAAGUUAAAGGACUAAUUACUCAGAAGCGCACAGAAGGAAAAGAAGAAGAGUGUAACAGGUUCUGUGUUGAAGUAGUUAACCUGUACAACAGAUGCUCAGAGUACUUAGCUAAGUGGAUGAAACCACUGGAAGAGUUCUCUUGUUUCAAGUGGAUGGUCUUGAGUGAAAUGCCAAACUGGACUGAUGUGGAACCUUGUGUUGUAUACUUGAUAGACAAGGGAAUAGAGCUUGAUGAUGUAAAGUGCUUUGACCAAGUUUGUAACUUGAGGCAGUUUGUAGAAAGGAACAAGAAUGAUGAAGACUUCAGUAAAUUACCAGCACAUAAAAAAUGGACCAGAUACUUUGAAGCAUCAAAGAAUAUUGAAUGCCACUCAGAACUGCUCAGAAUUGCACAAUUCUUUUUUGCUGUAACAUCCCACAAUGCUAAUGUGGAGCGAGUCUUUUCGCUGAUGCAAAGUCAGCGGACGAAGGAAAGGAACAAGCUGAGUGUUGAUACAAUGAAAGGUAUUCUGACUGUACAGUACAACUACUGAGAGACCUCUUGCGUUGACUUCCUCAACUUUUUAAAGUCCAACAAGGAACUACUUAAAAAUAUAAGAUCUACAGAAAAAUAUGUAUCGGCACAUCAAGCAACACACGCAGUGGUUGAAGAAGAGUUAGAAGACACCAACUAAGCUAAGUGGAAAAACGGAAUUCAAGAUUAUCAGCCAUAUGCAAAGGUGAUUGCAGUGGCUCCAAGUCUUGGGAAAACCAUGUGUGGAGCACAAGCAGUCUGUCCACACUGAAAAUUUUGAGCUCAAGCAUACCAGCAGCACAACACAUCUGCUGAACAAUGCAGCUCCAAUUCCUGCAGAUAAACGAACUUCAGGCACAUACCACAGAGCAUUUCUGUGACUACACAACUGUGUUAUAACUGACUGAAUUGUGGUAAAGUGGCUUACAGCAGGAAAGGAAACACAACCGGCACAUCUGAGUCAAGCAUGUUAACCGAUGUGAUGAGCAAUGUGAACAAGUAUUUUAAGAUGUUUUUGGCAAGGAAAAGAUGUGGUGGGAAUAAUGACUGUAUAUAAGGUUUAUAAUUACUGUUAAUCACUUACUUGAAGAGGACAGUUGUUGUGGGUAUGGGAAAAGUGUAAGAUGGCACAGGUGAGAUAGAAAGAGAAAAGUUGUUAACCUAUUCUGUUACUAACAGAGGUAAUAGCAUUACUCAAGAAAAUAAAUGCAUAUACUAGUAUGCUAAUAAUGACACAAAGUUAUGCUAAUAUAUUCCAUAUUUCCAUAUUUACAGGGACACCAUCCACACCACCCAAGACAGUCCAGCAAUCUGGAAGGAAGACCAGCACAAUACCACAGCAAUUGAUGCAAAGAGCAGCAGAUUUCCUGCCUCCCAGGAUGUUGUAAUUUUUCACUGGACAUCAAUGAUAUGCUUUGAUUAGUGUGACAGUGGAGGACGAGGAGGAAGAGGAGGAGGCAGCUUGCUGUAGCAGUAUAUUAUCACAGUCCUAAAAGGAUUACAGUAAGCACUGCAUUUCUCGUUGAGAAACAUUUUGUUAGCAGGAGCAACAAACUCUGGCAGUCCUGUAAAGGAAGUUACUUUAAGGCAAUAUAUCUCAUGUAAUGAGUAUCAUCAAAGAUUUGUUUAAUUUUUACCAGGUUUCUGAUUCCAUUAUUGGAGGCAAGGAUACUAGUGAACAUGACAAAAGUUUGAAACUUGGAAACCAUGCAUUUUUGUUUGUGAUUAAAGAACUGAGAAAUGGAAAUUUUUUAGGUUAUUCCUUUUAUCUGGGAAAGACUGAUAUUAUGCAGAGUGUGAGAAUGAUGACAUGUUCAUUAGGCUUAAGACAUUGAUACUUAAGUAACUGCACUUUUUUUUUCUUCCUCUGACCAAGAGGGAAUACAAUGUUCUUCUCUUGGAACCUUGACAUGUUUGCCGUCAAUGGUAAAUGGAUCCAUUUCUCGGAUGAUUCACCGAAGCUUUUGAAGAGACUCGGUAACACUAUUGUGAAGGAGAAAAGUAAAGUACAUACAGGGUAAUGUAAUUAAAUGAUGAACGUUUAAUUUUCAAUGAUCAUCAGCUUAAAAAUAUGAGACUUGCUCCUAACUGGUAAAUUCAACAUGUGUAGGAUUUUCAAGUAAUGAACAGAAUAGACACACAUUCCAUGGUAGGCUUACUGCCACAAGAAGCUGUCCUUAUUGCAGUAUAGGCAUGUAUAUCAGGUGCAUAGAUCCUUUUCAUUAUUGAAAUAGUUUAGUUACUCUUCAUUUUGAUGAUGUUUAUUGCUAAAUCUUGUAAAAUUUGCAAGGAAUGCAAGAACACCAUGGAAACUGUGCCAUUCACACACUGUAACAAGACAGCACUUCAGGUGCUGUGGCACAACUGGUCUUUGUUCAGUUCCCUUACCUUAGUUAUUAAUUAGAUGAACCAUACUUCCUUGACAAGACCACACUUCCUUGACAAGAUUAAGACUUGGAUUACCCACUGACUUCAGUUCCUAACUCUAAAUUUGAAGAUACAGUGAUGGCAUCAGACUACUUCUACCUCAUAAUCUUUUCCAUGUAACUGAUUGUGCCUGAAGAAGAUUUUUGAGCCUCAUGAAUGUCAAAUGACAAGGAUAUUUUGUCAGAUACCAGCCAUCAGUUAGACAGCAGCAGUGAGGCAGAUUAGAUUUAUGAUUUUACGUGGCCUUUUCACUUCCCAAUGAGGAAAAAAAAGUGUAUUUUCUUUACCAGUCAUAAGUUUGUGUUGCCUUUGCAUGUGUUUCAACAACUAACCAAAAGCUUUAGUUUAAUGAAACUUCGAGUAUUUUAUAUCCUUAAAUAGGAAAUGGGAAGAAAUAAACAUGAAAAGUUGAAUAGUAAAUUUGCAUACAGUACACAGAUAUGCCCACAAAAUUUCUUUCUAGUUCUUUUUGUUUUUUUCACUGUAUUCUUGCAAAAAUUCUGCUCUUGUCCUACUGUCUCACUGCAUGUCCCAUGUCCAAGCUCAGGAUGCUGUAUUUUAUCCUGCAUAUAAUGUUUCAUCAGGUUUGUGCUCUUUUUUACAGCAUAUGCAAAAAUUAUUUAAAUUCUGCAUGUUUACUUUGUGGUGACAUAAAUGCUUCUCUUCUCUGAAAUUUUCUUUGGCUAGCUACAUGUUAUUAACAAUAUAUCUUUAGCUGCCAUAUGCCCACUGUAUAUCCUUACUUUAGUGUUGUUGUUGUUGUUGUUGUUGUUGUUGUAUGCAGUUCUGAGUUGCCAUGUCAUUUGUUCUGAUAUGGAAGUCUUUGUGUUCUCUGUUAGGUGGUGUAGCCUUGCUAUGUUGACUCUGUUACCUCCUGAUGUACAUUCAAAAAGUCGAUAUGGGUAGAUAUUAAGGAAGGAUCACAGUCAGCAGUACUGGGAGUAGUGUACAGUCCACCAAACAGUACAAAGGAAAUUAACACCUCACUGUGGCAGGAAAUAAAUAGAGCAGGAAGGUACAGUCUGGUAUGUGUGAUAGGAGAUUUUAAUUUUAGGAAUAUCAACUGGAGCCUGAUGGUGGGUAACAAGGAAUCAGAGGAAUUUCUUAAGGUAACUCAGAAUAAUUUUUUAAAACAGGUAGUCGUUGAACCCACAAGGGGGAACAAUAUUAUACUAACAGGGAGAAAGCAGUCAUGCAGAUAGAGGUUGGAAGGCAGCUAGGUAACAGUGACCAUUAGGAAAUUAGGUACAAAUUAAAAUGGGAAGAAACUUUUAGAAGCAAAAACACUAUUAAAAUACCUGACUUUAGGAGAGGAGUUGACUGGCAACAGAUGCAGAGUGAGGUCAGGUCUGGGACAGAGUUGAGAGAGAUAAGGCAGGAUGAGAGAGGUGAGGUGAGGUAUGAGGGUGCAGGACAAGAGGAGGGAAGAUGUGUCCAGAAGGGGCUGAGGAGAGAGAGAGAGAGAGGGUGAGAUAGAUGUGAGUAUGUUGGAGGGUCAGGUCAUACUGAAAUGGGAGAAGUGAGGUCGAGGUGAGUAGAUGAGGGAGUAGAGAGGAUGGAAGGGGCCAAAAUGAGGGAAUUAGGUGAAGUAAAUGUAAAUGAGUUGUAUAAAUAUUUUGUAGACAAACUGCAUAUAGGACAGUUAGCAAACAUCCCGUAUAAAGCAAUAAGAUCACAAAAAAAAUUACCCUAAAUGGAUGACUACUAGGUUAAAACAUUAUACAGGAUGGAAGAGAAGUAUAUAUAAGAGAUUAAGGGUAGGUGAAGAGGUUUCAGGACCACAAUGUAAUGAAUUAGUUAUAAGUCAGGAGGUUACCAAGGGCAAUUAUGAAUUAAAGGUAGCCAGCCAGGUGAAGACAGACCCCAGGGGAUUUUAUCAGGUAUACAGGACGAAGAAUAAAGAUACUAUAGGUCCACUAGAGGCAGCACAUGGGGUGCUGGUUAGUUCUGGGGAGAAGAUAUUAAAAUUCUGAAUGAGUAUUUUUUGACUGUCUUCACCCAGGAAAACAUGCAGGAUAUGCCAAAUUGUGAACAGAUGUUUAAAGCAGAUGAGAAUGAGAAGCUGAUAGAUAUUUUCAUAACUAAGGAGAUAGUGGAACAGGAGAUAGAUAAGCUAAAAAGUUCAAGACACCAGGACCAGAUGAAAUAUGUGCCAGAGUACUUAAGGAAUGCAGAGGUUAUUAGUGAGCCAUUAGUCUCUGGCUUUAGGAAAUCACUUGAGUCAGGUGAGGUACCAGUAAUGUGGAGGCAGGCUAAUGUAGUACCCAUCUUUAAGAAAGGAGUUAAAACUUUACCAUCUAAUUAUAGACCUGUCAGCUUAACUUCAGUUGUGGGUAAAAUAUUGGAGUCAAUAAUAGCGAGGAACAUAAAGGAGUAUUUAGACAAACAUAACUUGAUAAAUCAGUCACAGCACAGCUUCAUGAAGGAGAAGUCUUGCCCGACGAACUUGUUAAGUUUUUACAGUAAAGUGUACAAGGCAGUAGAUAAUGGUGAUAGUUACGACAGCUUAUAUCUGAACUUUAGUAAAGCUUUUGACAAGGUACCCCACCAGAGGCUCCUAAGAAAGGUUAGGGCACACAGGAUAGAUAGGAAGGUGUUAGGCUGGAUAAGGUCAUGGCUAAGCGACAGGUGACAAAGAGUUGUAAUAAAUGGCUCUAAAUCCAAGUGAGGUCAUGUAAUUAGUGGGAUGCCACAGGGAUCAGUAUUAGGGCCACUGUUGUUUUUAAUAUAUAUCAAUGACUUGGAUAGUGGAAUUAGUAGUGAUCUUAGUAAAUUUGCAGGCAAAGAUUGGUAGAUUAAUUAUGUCAGAAUCAGAUGCCAUCUACUUGCAGGCAGAUUUAGAUAGGAUGAAUGAAUGGAUGGACAGAUGGCAAAUGCAGUUUAUCAACAAAUACAAAGUACUUAGCAUAGGUAGAGGAAACCCACACAGUAGGUACACAAUAAACAACGAAACUCUGGUAGGUUCAGGGUACGAAAAAUAUUUAGGAGUUAUAGUUAGCUCUGAAUUCCGUCUAGGAAAGCAAUGCAGAGGCCAGAAACAGGGAAAAUAGAAUAUUUGGAUUAAUUUUUAGGAGUGUUAAAAGUAGAAAGCCUGAAGUUAUUAAAUUAAAGUUAUAUUUGGCGCUGGUCAGACCUCAUCUAGACUACACUGUGCAGUUCUGGUCCCCACAUUACAGGAAAGAUAUAGGUCUAUUAGAAUCAGUACAGAGGAGAAUGACUAAAAGGAUACAGGGGAUGAAGAGUAUUCCUUACGAUGCAAGAUUAAAGUUGUUAAAUUUACAUUCUUUUAGAGAGACGUGGGUUAAGAGGGGACCUGAUAGAAGUCUUUAAGUGGUAUAAGGGUUAUAACAAGGGGGAUGUAAGCAAAAUUCUUAGGAUCAGCAACCAGGAUAGAACAAGAAAUAAUGGGUUCAAGCUUCAAAAAUUUUGGUUUAAGAAAGAGAUAGGAAGAAAUUGGUUCCCAAAUAGAGUGGUAAAUGAGUGGAAAAGACUCAGUAAUCAUGUUGUUAGUGCUAAGACAUUAGGGAGCUUUAAGAGAAGAUUAGACAGGUUUAUGGAUGAGGAUGAUAGGUGGAAAUAGGUACAUUUCAUACAGGGACUGCCACGUGUAAGCCUGAUCACUUCUUGCAGCUUCCCUUAUUUCUUAUGUUCUUAAUAUUGCAAUGUCUCUUGGUGUUGCUGUAUAUUAUAUAUGUAUGCUAUAGGAUAGUGAUGACUUUUGUGUGAUCUCUUAAUGCAACUAACCAUGUGUUCUGUCUUGUAAGGCAUUAGUGUUUGAUAAACACCUUGAUGUUGCCAAAUGUCUGUGCAGGUGUGGAAAAAAAAAAUGCCUCUUAUGAAUGCUGCUGUCUUUCAUAGUAACACCUUGGUUUUAUUUUCUGCCCUGUGUUACACAUCUAGUGUGUCUUGUACUGUUUUUCGUGCUUUAUACGCAGCACAUACUUGCUAAAAUUUCAGAAUACCUGCUGUUAUGCUACUAAUAUAAAUAAAACAUUAAUAGUAUAUCCUCAAGUUAUUUGUUAUUCACCUAUUACAACUACUAAAAAUGAAAAUACAAUUAUUUUUGAGAGCAUUCACAUGUGGCCUACAGUACCUGGCAGCUGUCAAUCAAUAUCUUGAUCUGAAAGGUUCUGGAUAAAAGAAUUUAAUACAUUCUGUUCAUCAUUAUAAAUUAUGCUUAAAGUUGGGGCUUGAAUUUUCGAUGUUUGGACGUAAAUAACACGAAGUUAACUACUUAGGGAAGAAAUACGUAAUAAAAAAGAGAAUAAGAUGUGUUACAAAAAUAAAAGCUGCAACACAAGAAACUCUCAGCAGCUUCAUCUCGUCACGCAGUAUUCUGUACGUGAGUCGCACUGAGCCACGAUCAUUCCAAUUUGAAAAUCUUGUUCUUUGCACCAAACGGAAUAUAUGCACUACAUUUACUCGUACUCUAAUGAAACUCUAACACACACACACACACACACACACGUGCCCACAACCCAGCCGACAGGGAGGGCGCAUCAGGAAGGCAUGGGUGGUGGGGGUGCCUGGCCAUAAAUACGUGUUUUAUCCUCCAUGAACUGUGUGGAGCCCCGGCUCAUCAUCACUAUUAUCUGUGACUGCACCCUCACUGUGGCCAUUCAUUCAAACGCAGUCCAUCAGUUCCCUAAUUUUCAGUCAUGGUAGUAGUAUCGCCAUGAAAGCUUCACUGAUCAUCACAAGUCACAUUCCACGUUUCCAUCAUGCAUAUCAACCCUCGGAAACUACGAUAUGGGAUAUGAAACUUUGUGGCCUGGUCAUACAGUACUCAAGACCGCGAGAGGCUGCCGCCAUGACAGCCUGACCCUCCCGCCGCAUCCCAUGAUUCCACAGCACAGCACACUGCACACGUCACUGCCUCGUCCUCACCCUGGCCAGGAGUGC